AUGGACUCCGAGGUGAUAUCCCAACCCUUGGGUCGUCCCCAUACACAUCCAGAUAAGUCUGACCCACAUUGGUCCAUCUUAGAGUCAAAAGAUACCCACCUAAUUAAAGAGAGACGAGCGAGUGUGAUUGAUGCACCCGUUGCAGACUACUUCCAAGAAGACUACACAUAUUACUCGAAUCAACCUGAUAAUACACAUGACAUCAAGCCUACAUCCUCGUAUUCGACUCCCUCCAUCACGCAGCAAGACCGCAACAAUACGCUUGAUGCCACUGAACGAAUGCAAUUCUUGCGAGAGAUGGAGCAGGCCAGAGAGGAGCUUGCUGAAUUUAGACGAAAUAUGGCUGGUCUAGUCAAACAAAUGGAUGGUAUCGCUGUUGAUUUGGAAAAGUCAAAAGACCGAGUGUCUGAAAUUGAGCAAGACCUAACAGCCACAGAAGAAGUCAAUGUCAAUCUACAAGUCUUGCUUGAGAGGGCUGUCAAAACGCAAAAGGAAUCUGACGUCUUUGCAACUCAAGCCAUCAGAAACAUGUAUUCGGAUUUAGCAUUGGUUGUGUACGAGAACAGUCAGCUACAAGGUAGAUUGAAGUCCAUAGAGAAUCAUCAAAAAGAGCAAAAGGGGAGUGUGCAUGAUAUUGUAAAGAGGAUGUUUGAAUAUACACAGAUGCUUGAGCAGGCUCAAGGCACCAUACACAUGCUACAAGAACCACGGCUUGUCAAGCUGGCAUCUGUUGCAUCGUCCUCCUCCUCCUCCACCUCACGCCGCACCAGCAUCAUCUCCUUUUACGAUGACGAUAACUCUUCCAUUGUGUCAAGCUCCACCACCAAAGAAUCACACUUGAAUACGACCACGGCUCGAAAACCAGCAGGGUCUACCUAUAUUCAAUCACCACCACUGGGACCACAAUCAACAGCCUCCAUACUGAAGCCACAGCAGGGUUUGCGCAUGUUGUUUGAUAGCCAUGCAGGAAAUCAGCUUGGUUUAAGCUCGAUUGCAUACAAAAAAUAA